AUGACUGUGCAAGUUGUGAUUCAAAAGGGCAAUACUGACUUCGUUUUCGAGUCCCUGGAGACGAAUUGUGAUCAAGAUUACGUGGAGUACUUUCAUAAAGUCCCAAACUCGACUAUGGUAUAUACUUUUAGAGUGGUGAAAGCGAUCUCUGCUUUUACCAUCGAUAUCGUAGUGAAAGUGGUAAAAACGCAAAGAGUUUUUUACAAGACAGAAAACAUUAGAGGCUGCGACUUUCUGAAGAAUCCGCUGCUGUUCAAAAUGUUUGGCGAAACCUACAAAAAGCUGGUGGUAAAUGGGAGUUACUUUAAGUGCCCCAUUACUCCAAAGAUUUAUUAUCUAAAAAACGAUGCCACGAUUUCGAUAAUUCCUACCCUUCACCCACCUGGACGCUUUCAGCUGUCGAUGCGUGUGAAAAUAGCACAAAGUUCCCACCCGUUUGCCAUGGAAAUGUUGUGGAAAUAUAGAAUUAUGCGCAUUAAAUAA